AUGGAUGAGAUUAGAUAUUUCUGCCCUAAAACACCUGCUUACAGCAGCCAUUUUCAAUGGUAAAUCUUUUGAAUCAAAUAAAGUAUUCAUUACUUUAUAAGCUAAGGACAUUUCUGCAGUUCCAGAUAAACUAUAAUCUCCUUCAUAAAAAGGACUUAAAUUAUAUACAAGAUGUCUUCCAUUAUCUGUUAUUAAUCCACAUCUUUCUAUAACUUCAGUAGGAAUAAUAUCAGGUACAGAAACAAGUUUAAAACCGUGCUUCAUUAACUUUUUGACUGUAAAAUGAAUUAAUGCUUCUUCUAGUUGUGCUAGAUCUCCUAAGAACAAGUAACCUCGUGUUCCAAUUAAAGGUCCCAAUAGUUGACUUUUAAAUGCAUUUAAAUUUGUAGCUAAUGUUGAGAAUUGUUGUGGCUUAAAAUCAAAUUCUGGUUCAUGUCCACAUUGUUUUAAAAUUUGUGGUUCACCAUAAGUUAAUACUCUUGGAUCUGUUUGAUUUGGUAUUUUGUUUAACUCAUACAAAAAAGACUUUUUUAAUUCUGGUUUCCCUGAAAGCUCAAGGACUUUAUCGAUAUCUCCAACAGUUUUUCUUGCCUUUAUAUUAUUAAAAAUUGUGUCUCGAUUAGAUGGAUUACACAAGAAAUUAAUAUCAUAUUCAGGUUUUGGAAUAUGCGGUAUUGUGUCUGCAUUAUAUUGUGUUGAUUGUUUUCUAAACUGUAAAGAUAAAAUAUAUAUGUGUCAAUUAUAUUAUUAUUAUUAUAUAUAUAUAUAAUAAGAAGAAAAGAUAUUUUCUAUAUUAUAUAUAUUUGUAAACAAAAGCAAUAACAUACCGAAAUCCUUGUGCAAAGUUGAGGAUAUUUAAGCAAUUGAUUAAAUUGUUUUUUGAGCCACAUUUUGGAAAUCUAAUAAUAUUAACUAAAAUAUAUGCAUUUAGUGUUACCCCUGUGUUACUAGUUAACCUGUCAUACAAAUUUUUCUUUUCUUAAUGCGUAUAGCAUUUAUAAAUACUUAUUUCGUCUCAAAAUUACUUUAAAGUAUCUUAAACUGAGUAGAUAAUCACGUUAUCAAUUAAUUAUAACAUUACUUGUAAAAUAAUAUAUUUCCUAUUCUCACAUAGUGCAAUCAUUUGUAAUUUGAUAAAAGACACACUUGUUAUUCUUCACAUCUAAAGAACUUUAAGUAAUAAUAUUUUACAAUAUUUUAUAUCAUUUUAUGAUUUAAGUUUUUCUUUCAUUUGUAAUGUAAAUUUAAAUUAUUAAAACUUCUAGACUGUUGUAUACUAUAACUUUAAAUUCAUUUAAAAUAUAACGAGAAGUUUUGAAAAAUUCAUUUAUUCAUUGAAAUGAAAAUUUCAUUAUUUAAAAAUCAAAUUUUCAUUAUUCACUUUAAUAUUUCUUUAAAUGAUGUACUUUUAAAUAAAACAUAUAAAUUAACCUUUUCAGUCGGUAAUUUAUGAAUAUAAAAUUUAAUUAAUUAAUUGCAGAUAACUAUGGUUCCACGAACGUUAUUAAAAAAUUGGGUCUUUUUACGCCACUUUUUUCAUAAACAUUAUAGCGUUCAAAAUAAAGCAAAAAAUAUCAAGUAUAUUGGUUUUGGUAUAUUUACAAGCAUUAUGGUUUAUAAUACUUCAGGAAUUACAGUAUUUGCAGCACAAAAUGAAUUGGAUAUUAAAAAAUUCAUGGCAGAACCUAUUACUGACAUAAGCAAGUUAAAGAAGAGAAAUGACAUGAAAACAAAAAUGGAAUUGUUAAUAAUGAAAACUCAGGCAGAGUUUUGUAAAGCUUUGGAAUCCUUAGAAGAUCCAGAUUAUUCUUUUAAAGUUGAUAGAUGGAUUAGAAAAGAAGGUGGAGGAGGAGUUACUUGUGUUUUACAAGAUGGAGUUGUAUUUGAAAAAGCAGGUGUAAAUGUGUCUGUUGUUACUGGCACAUUACCACCAGCUGCUGUACAACAGAUGAGAGCACGGGGAAAACAACUACAAGAAGGAUCUAUGCCAUUUUUUGCAGCUGGUGUAAGUGCUGUAAUUCAUCCUCGAAAUCCCAUGGUUCCAACAGUACAUUUCAACUAUCGUUACUUUGAAGUUGAAAAUCCAGAUGGUUCAAUUCAGUGGUGGUUUGGAGGUGGUACAGAUCUUACACCUUAUUACUUAAAUGAAGAUGAUGUGAAACAUUUUCAUGGUACUUUAAAAGCUGCCUGCGACAAACAUGAUCCUUCAUAUUAUUCAAAAUUCAAAAAAUGGUGUGAUGAUUACUUUUUCAUUAGACAUAGAGGAGAACGUAGAGGAGUAGGUGGUAUCUUCUUUGAUGACAUUGAUACUCCUAGCCAAGAAGAAACAUUUCAAUUCAUAAAGUCUUGCGCAGAAGCUGUUAUUCCUUCUUACAUUCCAUUAGUUAAACAACACAAAGAUGAUGGAUAUGGAUAUAAAGAAAGACAGUGGCAAUUGUUACGUAGAGGAAGAUAUGUUGAAUUUAAUUUAAUAUAUGAUCGUGGUACAAAAUUUGGCUUAUAUACACCUGGUGCAAGAUAUGAAAGUAUAUUAAUGUCUUUGCCUUUAUCUGCAAAUUGGAAAUAUAUGCAUGAACCAACACCUAAUUCAAAGGAAGCAGAAUUAGUUGAUGUAUUGAAAAAUCCUAAAGAGUGGUUACAUUAAUAUGAAUAAUAUCUUUUAAUGAAACCAUUAUUUUCUAACUUAAAAUUAUAAUUUAUAAUAAUAAUUUUGAUUGGUGUAUUUAAUUACUUUUCUUUUUUUUUGUUUAUUUUUAAGUGGGAUGUUAAUGAAAAAGGAUAUGAAUUUAUCUAUAACAUUUAAAUAUAUUUUCAAAUAUAAGAAAAGAGUUACAUAUAUAAACUUUAUAUUUAAGGAAUUAAAUACUGUAUAAACUAUAAAUUAUGUACAAAAAGUGUACCUAUAGAUAUAUUUUAUAUAAAAGUAAUAUCCUUAUACAUUACACUGUAUGUAAUUUACGUACUUGUGUGUGCAUUAUAUCUUUUAUUAUUAUUUUAUAUAUUGUAUAUCUCAAAUAUGUAAUAAUUAUUUAUCUUUACAAAAUAAUUUUACACGUGCAAAAAAACAAACGAUAAUAAUAAAUUUAAUGUACUUUCAUAUUUAAUAAAAUAUUUAAUAAAAUAUUCAGUCUUAGAGCAUAUUUUAUAAAUUAUAUAUGCAAUUAUAAAAAUAAUAAUGAAACUUUAUUUAUAAUUUAUAUUUAAAAUCAUUGGUAGAAAUUCAAUUAAAUUGAAUAUAAAAUAUUCUUUAUUUCUAAAUGAUAUAUGAAUGAAAUACCAUUAAAUAUUAUGAUUUCGUAGCUAUUAUGAUUUUUGAGCACUUUUUUUGCAGAACAACGUAUAUACAAAAGAAAAAUGAAUUUUUUUAGAAUGCACAAAAAUAUUAAAUUUGUUUGUAUUAAUUAUGUACAAUUUUCUUUGAAUAAAUACAUAUCCAACAAAUAGUUUAAUAAGUGUUUCAUAUAUUUAUAUGAAUAAAAAUAUAUUAAAAAUAUUUGACAAUAUUUGACAUGCUAAAAAAGGUGAAAAGAUUAAUGCAAUGUAAAAAAAAGAUAAAACAGUUUAAUAAAAAAGAAUGAUUUUUUUCAUAUAUAGGAACUAUGUUUGUAGACAAAUUAAUAAAACAAAAUUAAUAAGUAUUUUUUUGAAUAUUAUAAAAAUGUAAAUUUCCAAAAAUUAUUUUAUUCUUUAGAUGAAAUUUUUAUUGAUAUAUUAUGCUCUGUAUAAGCAAAACUAGAUUAAACGCUUGUUUCUUUUUUGACUAUUUGUAGAUAAGUAUUUGGAUUAUUUAAGUGUGCUUCACUACCUUCAAUGUGCUGUAUAUUUUGUUGUUUACUUAAACUUUCUAUCUCAUUGUUUGAAUCUAAAUUUCUUACUAUAUUGCAAGAACUAUGCAUAAAUGAUGUCAUAUCAAUCAUAGAAUUGAUACAUUUUUGCUUGGAUUUCAAUUCAUCAGUGCACACAUUAGAGGCACAUUCAAUAUUUCUUGUUGAAGUAAUAUUCUGUACUAAAUUAUGUAAAUUAUCUUUAACUGCACUAUUCACUUUAGAGAAAGAUAGUUCUAAUUUACUAAAUGAUUUUUCAGAAAGGGAAUUUUUAUUGCAUAAAUUCGAACUUGUAAUAUUUUGCACGUCUGUAAAUGAUUUCAAAUAUUCACACUUUUUGUAACUGGCAAGAGAUGCAAUAUCAUUUAAUGAAUUACAAUAAUUAUUUCUUAGUGGUUUUACGGUAUUUAUUGGAAGACAGUGCAUGCUAUUAGAAUGAGUUAA